CUUGAAACUUAAAUUAUACUGCUCACCGGUAACUAAGGAAUUGCUGUUGACUAACUGGAAAUACAAAUUUUGGGAGAAUCACAUUGUUGCACUGGAAGUUGAAACUCCAACUCAGAUUUCUUUAGUAGAUGAAACAUCUGGUGAGAAAGAAGAUAUAGAGGUGACACUUCUGCCAGCUGGUCACUGUCCAGGAUCAGUCAUGUUUCUGUUUGAAGGUGAAAAUGGCAUUGUGCUGUAUACAGGGGAUUUCAGGCUUGCAAAAGGAGAAGCAGCCAGAAUGGAGCUUUUGCAUUCAGGGACCAGAGUUAAAGACAUCCAGAGUGUGUAUUUGGACACUACUUUCUGUGAUCCCAGAUUUUAUCAUAUACCAAGCCGGGAGGAAUGUUUAAAUGGGAUCUUAGAGUUAGUGCGAAGCUGGACCUCACUGACUCGCUAUCAUGUCGUGUGGCUGAAUUGCAAAGCUGCUUAUGGAUAUGAAUAUUUAUUCAUAAACCUCAGUGAGGAACUUGGAAUCAAGGUGCACGUGAACAAACUUGAUAUGUUCAGAAACAUGCCAGAAAUCCUCUACCAUGUGACUACAGAUCGAUGCACUCAGAUUCACGCCUGUCGCCAUCCUCGGGAUGAUGAAUGCUUUCGAGGGAACAGACUGCCCUGUGGGAUGACUUGCCAAAAUGGAAUUCCCUUGCAUAUAAUCAGCAUCAAACCCUCCACUAUGUGGUUUGGAGAAAGGAUCAAGAAAACUAAUGUAAUAGUGAGGACUGGGGAGAGCACAUACAGAGCUUGUUUCUCUUUCCACUCUUCGUACAGUGAG